AUGUCGGAAGAAGUAGUGCUCCGUAAGUCGGACGGCUUGCUCUACUGUCCAAGGUGCACCGUGCAUUACGUCAAUGAGCGCGCCUUCCGAGCCCACUGCAAAACCAAGCAUGGCUUGAAGGUGACCCUCUUCAAAAAGAAGUCAAUCGAAGAGAAAAAGGCCAAGGCACGGCAACGCAAGCCGCAGCGAAAGGCAACGCGCGAAGCGUUGCAAGCGAUGGCUGGCAAGACUUUCCGUCUAAAACAGCGUGCACUAUUUACAUUUGCCGUCACACGCAUCGAUGAUUCGACGGUUCUUGGUGCUGGUCGAGGAUUGUUUGCCAACGUGGAUUUAUCUGCUGGUGAUAUUUGCACAGUCUAUGACGGGGAAAAGGUGUACGAAGAGCCAACGGAUCAUGAGUACGCGUGUCAGCUUGGUGUUGUGACAACGAAAUCGUGGCUCAUGGGUCUCAAAGACCCAGUUGCUGGCCGUGGACUUGGAAAAUCUGUCCAAAUGGUACCACCAAUUCCAGUCCAUCUUCGCCACAUCUUGUGGCAUGACGACGCCGAAGUUGAAGAGACACCCCCAUCGCCCCCACUAUUGGAUUACUUUAUGGCGAACACAGGGGGUAGUCCAUGCGAAGUUGACGUGAUCCGCACGCCGAACCCAUCGCACGCGAUACCCACCCACCUUCGCCACAUCUUGUGGCCUGACACUGGCGAAGCAGCUGCUCCUCUGUCACCCCCAUUGCACCCGUUGACCGAUCUUGUGGAGAACGUAUGGGAGGCGAAUCACGUGGGAAUAGAUUGGUGA